AUGCGCCACUUGCCUGCCACUGUCACGCUGGUAAUUCGCAGCUGCAGUGUCUCCGAAUCCACUGCCGCUUCGACACCGCUUGCGGGCAGGUACAGCUUCCAACCCGGCGACGCCGUGCCCAACCAACCGGAGAAAAGCUUCCCCGCGGUGAACACCGCGGAGGGUUGCGAGUGGAGCUCGGAUGGGUCUCUCUUGGGUCUUGUCGACCCUGCUGGCGCCGUCACCGUGUACAGCGCCGCUCAGGGCUACGAGCCCGUGUGCCAGGUGCCCCCCCUGGUGGGCGGCCCGGUGAGGAAUUUUUACUUUUCCCCUUUGGGCACGCACCUCGUGACCUACGAGCGCUGGGUCAAGGACGCCGGUGACAAUGUGGGCGUCUGGGACGCGAAGACAGGCGAGAAGCGCUUCUCGUUCAUUCUCAAGAACAUGACCGGGAUGACCUGGCCACCUCUGAAAUGGACAAGUCUGGAGACGCACUGCUGCCGAAUGGUGCAGGACGGCGUCCAGAUCUUGCCAGGCUCCUGCGAGCGGUCGGAGGUCACGCGCAUAGACGCGCCGGGGAUCAUGGCAUUCGAGGUCUCACCGCGUGGAUCCGGUCCCCAAGGUAGCGGAUCUCCCCAUGUGGCGCUUGUCGUGGCCGAGACGAAGGGCCAGCCCGCCAGAUGCCAGGUUUACAAGCUGGAUGAUCCCAGCAGAGCAACGGCCACGAAGAACUUCUUCAAGGCCAAAACGGUCACCAUGAAGUGGAACAACGUUGGCACGGCAGUACUUGUGAAAUCCGCCAUGGAGGUCGAUGACACUGGGAAAAGCUACUACGGCGGUGCGAAUCUCUACUUUCUGCGUGCAGACGGCGAAGAGUCGGCCCUUGUAGCGUCCGCUGACGGUGGUCCGAUCCACGAUGCGCAGUGGAGCCCAACUCAGGACGAGUUCAUCCUUCUGCAUGGAGAGCUUCCAUGCCCGGCUGGGCUCUACGAAGGCCGCAAGGGUAACAAGCGCGUGGACUUUGGCAGUGGUCAUCGCAAUACCAUCAGGUGGAACCCUUUCGGCCGCUUCUUCGUUCUCGGUGGUUAUGGGCAAUUGCUUGGAGACACCGACUUCUGGGACAAGCCUGGGAAGCAGCUGAUGGCCAGCCGGCGGAUGGAGUGUUGUGUGGUAUGUGGCUGGGCCCCAGAUGGCCGCCACUUCCUCACCGCCACUACAGCACCAAGGAUGCGCGUGGACAACAAGAUUGAGCUCUUCGACUACCUUGGUGCCCCACUCGGCAAGCUGGAGUUCGACGAGCUGCUCCUUGCAGGCUGGCGGCCACGACCGCGAGGAGCCUUCCAGGACCGGGCACCCAGUCCGGGCCGAAGUGCCCCGGCCUCUCAGGCCAAGGCAGCGGCGAAACCAAAGGCAGCCCAAGCCUACAGACCGCCCGGCGCUCGGGCUGGUGGCGGCCUUGCCGACCUUCUGCGAAAGGAGCUGGGCUCCACGUCGGCCGGCGCAGCCACAACUGCCACAAAGGUGGGUGCUCCGACGGCUGCACCAAUCUCCUUGCCUCCUGGAGCCUCUGCGGAGGACUUCCAAAAGGGUAACCAAGGAGGCACUGGCAGCGGGAGCAGCCGCAACGCAAGGAAGAAGAAGGCGAAAGAGGCUGCCGCCCAGGCAGCACCCGAGCCCGAUGUGGAGAAGUUCGUGCCACCUCCACGGACAGGCGACGCAAAGCCGGCGCCAUCAGCGGGCACGGCGGCGGAGUCCCAGGAAGCCGUCGGAGGUGACGAGGUGGAGAAGAAGGUCCGCGCGCUGAGGAAGAAGCUGCGGGACAUCGAGAAGCUAAAGGAGAAAGUUGCCACUGGAGCUCCCAUAGACCCGCUGCAGAAGCAGAAGAUCGACGGAGAGGCCGAACUCAUCCAGCAGAAUGUGGCCUCGACCAAGAACAAAGUUGUUCGUCAUGUCAAGCAAGCUUGCGAGCGUGCGGUUUCCAAAGCCAAGAUCAUCCGCAGCCGGUCUCGGCUACAGCACCUGGACCUCAGGCACAACCGCAUUGGUGACGUUGGCAGCAAGCGCCUGUCCAAAGCCAUCAAGGGCCAUCAUUCGUUGGUGCAGCUGGAUCUGCAGGACAAUGCCGUGGCAAUUGCUGGUGCAGAGAGCUUGUUUGCUGCCUGCGGGAAGAGGCUCGAAUUGAACAUGCAGAACAACCCCGUGCCUCCGGAGAAGAUCACCCAGCUUGGGGCAUCCUUGAAGGAGGCGAGGGAAAAGCUCCACCUCACGGCUUUCGGUGGUGGAACUCCAGGUUCUGCGAAGGGGACUUUGCGGCCGCCGCGGUCUCGCGAGGGCCGGGAGGGCGGUGGGAGGAGCCCGGCGAGGAGCCCAGCGCUGAGCGCCGCGCGGAGCCCAGCGCUGAGCACUGCUCAGAGCCCAGCGAGGAGCAGGGCUUCCUCGUUCUUGCCGGGGAUAUCGAAAGAGGAGAUUGGCUGA